AUGGAGAUAUUACCAUUCUUUUUCAACACUCUCAUCACAUUCUUCACUCUAUUGCUUGGAACUCAGCGAUUUAUCGCCGUACAGUACCCGCUGGAUUCAUUGCGAUGGUGUUCACGGCGUUUGAUUCGUCGAUAUUCCAAGGCCAUAUUGACACUCGCUAUCGUACUCACCGUCAUUCAUUCCACAUUCGACAUUCGGGUCAUCUAUCAUUUCUGCAUUCGAGGACCAUCGACAUCGUUCUGGGUCGCUCGAUGUUUUGUUGGUCAUUCCACCAUUGACACGAGCAAUGGGUCCCGACACAUUUGCAUGGGUACGGAAUUAGCAUCCUUCGGACCGUUCUCAAGUUUCGCUCUGGGACCUUGUGCUACACAUGAAGAGCUUUUCAGGUGUUCGACUGUUUUCCGGAUAGGACUGAUCGUGGUGCCAUCAAUUCUUCUGUUUGCCAUCACAAUACUUCUUAUUCGAACGAUUAAGACGUCAGAUGCUCCUAAGCUGAAGGUUAGCGACAAAUCAGUGAAUAUUCUCACUGUCAACCGCCAUAAGCGAGUCAGCUCGGCGUUCAGGAACACCACUGUGAUGCUCACUGUCAUUAUUGUACUCUUCUUGCUGGCCAGGGUUCCUUCAACAGUGCUGAUCAUACUGGUGAAGCUGUCUGAUCUACUACCGUUGGGCUCGCUGGAAUUCGCUCAUUCCGCUUACCUUCGUCAGACCAGUGUGUCCCGUUUCUCGCGGCCGUCGAUGUCUAAAAAAGGAGUGGUGUUUGCCCCAUCAACGUGCUCGAUCACUUCUGGCGGACCAGCGGCUACCAACAAAAGCCUUUCAGAGUGGAGUCGACAAGAGCUACUCUCGACG